AUGAACAUUUUCCAGAUGAACCCAGUGUCGCCCGGAUCUCUCGACUUUACAGAGCGCAAGUUCAGCUCCACGCCGCCCUCCAGUUCUAUCGGCUUGGUGUCCCCGCCAAACUCGCAGGUGCACCGCCAGUCGUUGUCGCUUCCGCGGCUGUUUGUAUCUUCCAAACCGUUCCAUGCGGAAAUUCAAUUGAAAACUCCCGUGACAAUGCGCAAGAGAUCGUUCGAUUGCGUGCAGUUGGACGAUCCACUCACUGCGACGCGUGCGCGCGACGACCAGCUCACCGCGAAGCGCGCGCGUACGGCCCCGCCUUCACCGCCGUAUGACGCGAACCAGAUUCGUGUGCGCGCGCGUUCCUCCUCGCCGCUACGUAAGUUUGCGAGACACCUUUCCAGUUCCCCAUCUCCAAACCCCCCGGUGACUUUACCCUCUUUCGCCCACAUCCAGCAGCGCUUGGAUAGCGUACUAAACACGAUCGUGCCGCCAGCGUCGCUCGAGUACGGUGACCCGUACAAGCAAGCGGCAAGCCUUCUGCAUUCCAGCUCGGAGGACGUUGGACGCUACCAGGCGUCGUCGCAGGGCUUAAGCGCAAUCAUGCAGGCGACGCCCGCGGCGACGCCGCAGGUGCGUGCGGUGCAGGUUACAUUCGGGCUGAUGACCCAAGUGGACGCGUUGGCUGCGCGGUUGCUUUCUAGCAUGUCGAAGCCGUCGUCGCCGGCGGCGACAUUGAACUACCCGUACGAGUCUGCUGCUGCACACUACACGUACGACCGGCCGGACGCGUACACACAUCUGCAGAAGGUGUUUGUCUCGCCUGAGACUCGCCCCAGCCUCACCGCCAGCCCGGCAGAGUCUGCAGCAGAGCUUGUUAGCCGUGACCUCCAGGCCGGGGCGGCAACCGACGGCUACACUGCCAAUGGCCACGCCUACGGUAAUUCGUCACAGUACCGCCACUACAUCAAUCGUUCGCCGCUCUCCGGCUUUGCAGACCUCGUCGACGUCAGAGAGGCUGCCAAUGUGCACGAAAUGACCGAGCAGGACUAUAAGGAUCGUUUGUGGCACGAGGAAAAGAUGUACCAUUUUGGCAGUCGGUACCACAGCGGUGAUGGGUACCUCUACCAUCCAAGCCAAGAACAAUCCCACAAACGUCGUAGCCACGAGACCCCCGAAACCAAGCAGAAGUGGAUUGAUCUCAGUUGGAACCAGAGGGAGAUUCCUCGGGAAAAAUACACUCCGUUUUUACCGCGGCUUGAGGUCCGGGAGACCCCUGCGUUUACCCCGCACGUAUUACCGCCGCCGGAGGCACCGCUCGCGGAAUACCGCCCCGCGUUUGCGCUCGCCUCACCGCAGACCCACCGUGCAGUGCCUGCGCCACAGCCCAAGCCGCGUCUGCCCGUAUCACCAAAAAAGGCCCACACGACGCCGCGCUCGCCCAAAUCGCCAGGGCGCCGUCACUGCAUCUCCUGUGGCUCCGACCAGUCACCGUGCUGGCGUCCGCUGUGGUCCACGGCUGCGGGACAGUUGUGCAACUCGUGUGGUUUGCGGUAUAAAAAGACGGGUGCGCGGUGUCUUGCCGCGAGCUGCGGGCGAAUUCCGGCGAAGGGUGAGUGGACAACGAUGAAGAAGCGGGGCAAGUGUGUAUGGAGUGACGAGAUGGACAAGGUUUGUUAUAAGUGUUUGCACUGCGAUUCGCCCGUAGAGGUGAUAGAAAAGUGA